UCCAGGCCUUGCUUAGACUAACAUCAAACAUUCAAAUAUCCGUGCUUUGCCAGAGACAUGGACAUAGCAGUCACGGUGGACUUUUCCUUCGCAGCGACAGACGGCAACAAACACUACAAGGAAAGGAAAUAUUAUAGUCAAAUAUGAACAGAAUAUGCUACCUUCACUUUUCGGAUGGUUUGAACUUUUAUCCGUGAAUUGUUGAUACUACAGCGAAAGGGUGUCCGCACCUUCAGUUAGCGCGACAGCUUCACUACCCAGCUAGCCAGAUGGGUUGCCAAUGCUGUAAGAUGAUUAAAAGGAAUAGGGACCCGGCGGAGAGCUCUCUCUAUCAGCCCCACCACCUCCCAGCAGACAGCGGGGACCAGUCCAACAACAAGCAGAAGCAGGUCUUCCACAACCUGGGCUUCAGCAACAGCAACAAGCACAACGAUGGAGAAGAUGGAGGAGGACUAGGCCUCAAGCUGGAGAUCGACAACAACCAGAUCAACAGGCUUCACGCCGUGCCCGCCAACCCAGAGAGGGGGCAGGGAGUCAAGCCUUGGGCAGGGGAGGGUGGUGGUGGUGGUGGUGGGGGUCUGUAUAUCCUCCAUCCAGAGGGCCAGGUUCCAAGACGAGAUCCAUCUAAGGGCCCCAGCCAAGUCCCAAUCUACCCUAACACACUCUCCCUGGAUCAUAGUCACCAUCUGACACAUUUGGGUGACAAUGACUCCCACAAGAUUAGGAUGUUCCGAAAUAGCUCGGACCCCUCCUGGCCCGGUGUGAGGUGCUACACCUCGUUGACGGAUGAGCUGGAUGAGGGGGUGGGUGGCACACCUGAGUACAUGUGCGACACAGGGGAUGAGGAGAGCGUCCUGUCUGCGGAUAUUCCAACUAGUACAACUAGCCUGUCCUCGGCAGACACGAAGGAUGAUAGGAGUGCGCCGGACGCCACUACCGUAGAGAGCGGGAGCGGGAUCUCGGUGACGAAGAGCGAAGAUGAGGGACGGGAAGAAGAUGACGUGCAUCACGUCACAGACUCUAUGGUGGCGGAAGCUCUAGCAGCUCUAGAUGCAGCAACCGCCGGGGAGGACUGUGAGGACUAACUCUUUAAAAACUCUUAAAUAUUUUCUACAAGGCCUCUUACUAUUCCAAAAAGCACAAUCUAACUUCGAUAUCUAUUCAGCUUCAAUAUCUGCUGGGGUGAACAGAAGGAGAUUUAUUUUUACUAAAAUAUGGAUUUUUUUUUUUAACAUAGUGUAGAUCAUGCAUAUUUGUCUAGUGAGUCACAUGGGCAUGCAGUACCAGUCAAAAGUUUCUUUAUUUUUACUAUUUUCUACAUUAUAGAAUAAUAGUGUAGACAUCAAA